AUGGUGGUGAUAGGAGUGAAGAGUGGGUCUCAUGGCAUAGUUGUUGCAAUUUGUGGCGGUGGGCCACCGGGAGUUGGAAUGGUUUCAAGGUUUGGCGACGGGUCCCCUGAAGACGAUGGUGCUUCGAGGAAUGGCGGUUUUUCUCCAGUAAGGGAGACGGCCGGGGUGUCAGCUGGCUCCAGCGGUCCCAUUUGGCGUAUUGGACUGUGUGGUGGUUCCGAUGGUUCUCCGAUUGCAUUUUCGGCCAUGGUUGGUUGCACAAGGGGACAAAGGGUGAAGGGUUUGCGUAUCUGUUGUCACACAAACGGUCGAUCGAGGAAUUAUAAAACACAAGCUGAUGAUAAAGCCGGGAACCAGCGCAGGAAUUCUCAGAGAAGCAAUUUUCCCCACAUGGAUCGCCAACCCAGUAAUGGUGAGGAAAAGCGAUGGUAG